UUCUAAAGAGACAGAGCACCUUUCUUAAAAGAUUUCAGCAGAAAAAUCUGCCAUUUUUCGAAUAAAUUUAUUUACAAAUGGCGAUCAUUUUUCAGGCUUAUAGUUAUAGAGUGAUUCAAACUGAUUGAACAGCAAAAAAUACAACAAUGGCGGAAAAUACGGGAAAAUCCAGGAAAAUCUCGCUACAAAAGUCUGCGGAGAGAUUAACGGAGGAAAUCCAAAGUAUGGCUAAUUAUAAAAAUCUUUACACUGAAAUUCAGAAACUUGUUGCCUCUACCGCGGUAAAAAGAGAAGAUUUCAAAAAUACAUUACUGGAGGCGUUAAAAAGUAAUGGCUUGGAAACAGAAAUCAGAAAUACUGUAUUUCAUUGGGUCAGAUCGCAGGGUUCUUUAUCAGCUGUGUCAGAAGCAUCCACGGAGGAAGUAGAUCUAACUUAUUUAAAAAAGGCUCAAAUUCAAUGGGAACGUAGAAUACAAAAAUCGUUAAAUUCAACAUGUAACGAAUUAAAUGUGCCACUGGCACGCAUUAGACCAAACGCAGAUCGUGAAGAACUUGCUGAAAAAUGGAACGAAUUAAGCACCUAUGAUAUCGAUUUAUCACAGUACAGACCUCUUUACGCUCCAAAAGACUUCUUGGACGUGCUAUUUUCUAUCAGAAAUCCUUCUUUUAAAAAACAACCAAAUGAAUUGAAUUGGGAGUUUGGCCAUAUCCAAAUUCGCGUAAAAACACUCACGCAAUUGAGACAUUUGUACGUGGAGCUAGCAAAGGGUAUGUCAUUAUUAGGUGUAAAUCCAGACAUGCCAAGUUCAGAAAAUUUCACAAAUCUAGAAGAGGAAAGGAUUUACAUUGGCGAGAAAGUAUUGAAAUCGAAUCAUGCCCCGAUAGCGCAAGAAUUCUUGAAGCGUGGAGCUCCUCGAGCUCUUCGCGGUCGCCUUUGGUCCCUUGUGUUGGGAUCCACAGUAAAACAGAAUGAUCUGGAAUAUUACGAAGAAUUAAAAAAUAUGGUGUUACAGUAUGAUAUUGUUAUAGAUAAACUGAUAAUAAAGGAUGUGCAGCUAACAGCACGAAACGACGAUCAAUAUUUUGUAUUCGAAGACGUUUUAUAUAAAACAAUGUUGUGUUUUUCUCGUGAUUCGGAAGUAUUAGCUCCAGUUACAACUGAUAGAAGUGCUGGAGGUCAAGUAAUACAUGCUGUUUUACAAGGGAAACCAGCCACUUUGGAAAAUACUCUAGUCUUUCCACCAAGUGGUGUGAUUCCAUUUCAUGGAUUCACGAUGUAUGCUACACCAUUUUGUUACCUAUACGAUGAUCCGUGCGCCAUGUAUUAUACAUUUCGAGCAUUUUAUUUACGAUAUUGGUUCCGCUUGCACACCGUUUCUAGUCACGAACAAGGUAUUGUAGCAUUAUGUUUGCUUUUUGAGAGGUUAUUACAAUGCCACGAACCACUGCUUUGGAUUCAUUGUAGAAACAUUCACAUACAACCAGUGAAAAUCGUUUUUAAGUGGAUCAUGAGAGGUUUCAGUGGCCAUUUACCACCAGAACAAUUGCUUUAUCUCUGGGACUUAAUUUUAGGAUACGAUUCGUUAGAAAUUAUACCUUUACUCGCAGUUACUAUUCUGAGCUUUCGAAAAGAAAAUUUAAUGCAAGUGAAUAACCAACAAAGCGUAGAGGCUGUCUUGGCAGAUUUGUCCUCUUUGAAAGUUGUUCCAUUAUUGCAAUUGGCUUUGUUAAGAGAAUAAUAGCGGGUGGCAAGAAGAAAAGACACGAGAUCUUGAUUUAAAUAUAAAUUUAAAAUUUAAGUACUUAGGAAUAAUUUCUCCUUUUGCGUUUGCGCAAAAUGUACUGAUAUACACCUUUAUCUCUCUUCCAUGAUUUAUGAAUUGUUACUAUAAUAAUUCAAACUACUUGGCAAUUUA